AUGCUGAAGCUCUACACGGACGAUUCUCCGGGUCUGCGAGUUGACCCGUUCAUUGUCCUCGUUCUGUCCCUCUCAUUCAUUGCCUCAAUCUUCUUCCUGCAUAUCUCUGCGAAGAUCAUCCGCGCCUUCACCAAGGCAAAUACCUCGGAGGACCUCCUGAUGCAGCUGAAUGCGCACUGGGACAUCGUCCAGUUGCAUUCCAUAGAACGGAAGCAACUCUAUGUGGUACUCAGGAGCGCGUCCGAGAAGAUCAUGUCUCUUCCCGACGACGAGCACGUCGCUGCCAAGGAGGAGUCUAAAUGUGAUGCGACCGCCAACGGACUCGUUCUCAACUUGUGUAGACAUAUUGGAUUCGUUCUCGAGAUGCUCCUGUCUAACGCAGCCCAUGCGGAUGUAUCGGCGCAUCAACUACGUGUUCGGACCUUCUCUCAGAUCAUGAAGAUCUGUGCUCUCGGCACGCAGGUCAUUAAGAAGGGCCGUUCAAUUCGUCGUGUCUCUCUGGCCGGUGCUUAUCCGCGGCUUCUCUCACGCCACCCCGCUCUCGAAGCACUCGUAGACGAAUCGAUGUAUUUGCUAGACAGGUACGCAACGAGGCUCUUACCACCAGUGUCGACUCUAAGCGCUGGCGAACUCUGGAAGAAGGCAAUGUUCGCUUACAUUGGCAAUUCGGGUAUCGACCUGGCAAUCUGUCGAAAUGCUGGCGAAAUGCUUGAUUUGCUUAUCCAGAAACUUUCGCGAGAGGCAAUGAAGGCCACAGAACAUGAAUCUCUAAAUGCUCUAUCGCACGACUGUUUUGCGCACCCGUGCACCUAUCCUAGCUCGGCCCUUUACGCGUCUGCUUUUGGACUUGGUCAGGAUUCGGACGAAGAGCGCUCUGACAAUUCGGAGUCAGAAAAUGAGAGCGUUUGUGACCUACACGUCAUCAUUGUGGUCCAGACUCAGAUUAUCUUUUUGCAGGCGCGUGAAGUUAUUGCUUCAAUGGAAAUUGCUUCUAAUGAAAGAUCUCGCCGUCGUAGACUUCCAUCACCAGACCCGACCAGGCGUAUCCAAAAUCUAUCAGAUGUGCAGUUUCGUGAUGUUAGCCAAACAUUUCUGAGCGUGCUACACGGAAUGAGCCAUCAAAUCCAGCGCAAGUCAAAUCCUCAGGUCUUGAAGGCGGAUCACAUAACGUUUGAUGUGCUGUUGGACGACGCCAGAUAUUCUAUCGUCGAUGCGGUCACGACGGUCCUUCUUGAUAGUGACGGUGUCAAGUGGUUGGAUGGUCUUCAACACCACACAGUAUCCUGUAUAGAGCUCCUAGACCAGAUAAUAGACUUGAUGCCAAGCGCGAAUCAGUACCAGAACGUUGUCAUCAAUGCGCUGGUUUCCCUUUGUUCCAGAACAGGAAUUCUCCCGAAAUCAUCUUACAUCUCUAGUGAUUCGGUCACCCGUGUUGGCGAAUGGCCAGUCGCUUACGGAGGGUUUGCGGACAUUUGGCUCGGCCGGGUAACAGAACAAGACGUUGCACUCAAGAUCAUCCGUCUGUCAACGAGCGACGACGCUCAGAAAGUCCGACAGGUUUUAGAUAUAGCCUCUGGUUUGGAUUAUCUCCAUUCCGUGCCCAUGGUGCACGGAGAUCUCAAGAGUGCAAAUAUCCUGGUUAGCGAUGACGGACAUGCACUCCUAGCGGAUUUCGGUCUCGCCGCUGUCAUGCGUGAUCUCACGACGUCACAGGCAAUCACGACUACCCAGUAUAACCAAGGCCGGGGAACGACUCGAUGGAUGGCGCCUGAGCUACUCAAUCCAGAGGCCUUUGGAGGUGUUACUCGGCAUACGACGAAAAGAGAUAUCUACGCUCUGGGCAUGGUUAUGCUGGAGAUCUUCACAGGUCGCAUCCCCUUUCAUGAGAUCACAUGGGACGCCACAGUCAUUCUCAAGGUCAUGCACGGUGGUCGGCCUCCACGUAGUGUCGGCAUACCCGACCAUAUUUGGCACCUGAUGAGCUUGUGUUGGAGAGAACGAGGGCGCCGCCCAACUGCGAAAAUGGUGCUAGAUAGCCUUGCAGCCAGUGUGCGACUCCGCGAACAUUACCCCACCGCGAGCGAUAUUCAAGACGUUGCAUAUGAUACUCUCCUGUCGGAUGUGCUCGACUGUCUUCAUGCUUCCCCAUCUGCCACACGUGCAUCAGAGCCAUUACGAGUUUACACAAUAUCAGAUCACCUCUCGCAAUGUUUAGCCGAGAGCCCUACCACGGCGCUUGCAACACAGUGGCAUGCCUUAGGCCUGCUGGAACCCAAGAAAGGCAUGAAUACCACUUUAAACGACUCUUCCGACGAACCACACCGACGAGCGCAACUGCAACUAUUGGAAUUGGCACUCGGCAAGCCCACACCGGCCACAGUACCGGUCCUUGGAGCGUCUUAG